AUGGGUUGCUUCUCAUGUUGCCAAGAGGAGGAUUUCCAUGGACCGCCUGAUGGCGGUAGGCCGUAUGUGACAAACUAUGCAGCAGGUAAUGUAACACUCGAAACCAAGAAUUCUGAAGCAUUUUUGCCCAAGUAGUGGAUAGAAGAUGUUAUGCCAUCUGUGCCUAAACUCAUUUUGUUGUGUGGUCUGUGUUUUGAUGUUAUUGGCUCUGCUUGCCCCGAAUGAGAUUCCUUUGGCGUGCCAAGUUGGAGGGAAUCCAUAGUGUUAUUGUUUCCAGUGUUGUGUCUUUUAUCCAAGCAUCUGGAAAUAUCAUAUGAAGCCAAUUGAUUUUUGCUUUAGUUCUUUGUUCAGUAUACGCCUCAAGCAGUACCUAAGUAGGCUAAGCUAUCCAAUUUAUGGGGAUACCAAUAUUUUGCUUGAUUUCUGAAAGUCUUAAAGCCUGUUCUUGUGCAGCCUAUGUAUAACCGUUCACACAUUUGUAUCAUCCACAUAUAUACAUAUGUCUAUACAUAUAUAUAUAUAUAUAUAUAUAUAUAUAUAUAUAUGUAUGUAAAUCCUUCUAUUUCUUUGUGGAUAACUAAUAUUUGUUUGUCAGUGACAAUUUUUUUCAUUUUGUGUGGGAUAUGGCAAUUGUUGCAAUUCCAGUCUCGCAUCCCUGGCAUAUCAUCAGUAGCUGCAAUAUAACACAAACUAAAAUGAGCAAGUUAUGCCAGACAAAAACAUAGCAUGAGCAUCUAGUGUCUGUUAAGAUAAAUUUAGAGAUGCAUAUCCAUCAAGAUAAAAAAUCUAAAAAAAAACCAUAUUUAUCAAAAUGCAGUGGACUUUGAAACGUAGUUCUAGGCAAAGGUUUUUGCCCUAAAAGUUUCAAAGUCUGCUAUUCUGGAGUUCAUAUAUCAACAACCCAACCUCCAUUUGGAUAAGAAACGCGAAAAUUAAUAUAGGAAAUAGUUAAGUCGUCAAUAUAAAAUUUCAGUGCAUAAAAUGGCUAGUUCAGACGUUCACCUAAAAAAGGAAGGUUAGUAUACCAGAUAGGAAAUAUUUAAAAUACUGUAAUGUUUCAAGGUUUACAUAAAUAUAGACUAGUAGCAGCAACGACGAAACAAGAAGGAAAAGGAAAAAAAAUGAACGAAGGUAGAGAAAAAAAAACAUGGUCUUCACGUCCACAACUGACUAUGGCUUCUUAUCAACGUUUCAUAACCACAGACUAUCAGCUGCCAUUUGCGGCCUUGCACCUCGUUUGCCAAUUGCUACGAUAGUGAUAGGUAAAUGUUAUUCAGAAUUAAAACGUGCUAGGCUCCUAUAUUUCAGAGGGAGGACAGCUGCACCAGAUCCAUUUGCAUGUAGUGAUCAACUAUUUUAGUCUUUCUCUGGUUGUCAGCUAUCCUCAGCUAGCUCCAUCUUAAUCUGCCAUUCAAGUGCAUAGAGGUGUUUCCUGCCUACCAAAACCACCUCAGACCGCACUGCAUUUUGCCCGAUUGCUGUGCAGGUGUACAUGGUACAUGUGGUGCACAUUUCUUCGUCUAGGCUAGUGGGUGUGUCCCCCAUGUGUCCACCGUCUAGAAGGGAUGUGUGCCUCAAGUACUGUGACUGAACAAGGCUUGUGUAAGUUCAUGUGGCUGGUGCGGUGGCCCAUUCAUGUUAGCUUUCAGUCUGCCUGCCCCUAGCUAUGCAAGCAGCUUGGUCAUUGCUUGUUGCACGGGAUGUCUUGUGUUACUUGGCUGUAUGGGAGUACGGCAUGGCUUGUUGAAUACCCUCCUUGUCAGCACAGUUUUCUGCUAGGGCAUUGCUAUUCCCGUAACUUCUUGCCCGUGGCUGAGCAUAGUAGCCACGGUUUUCUUUUGGACACACUGGGUGCCUGCCACUGUGGCACCAUGUCAUGGAGCCUUUGUAGCACUUGGUAAUGCUAGUGGCAUGGGAUCUAGCUGAUCAUUUUUUUAUGAUAAUUUUCUUUUAUAAGCUUAUAAAUAAUGUUAAUUACGUUCACAUUCUUUCUUUUUACUUAUUUUUUCAAAAAUGCGGCAUUUGAAGAACGAUAACUGCUUCAAAUGUGUUCAGAAAUAUGUCAGAAGACACAAAUAACUCCAGCAAACUUGUUAAUUCACAUUAAUUAAUAUCUUAGCCUCCUAUAAACAGGUUCUAAAAGACCUUGUCUGUAGGAAAGCAUAGGUGUGAUAUCUAGCGAGGAAAUUUAAUUGUUCAGUUGAUUAGUUUUGCAUACUGAGAUAAUUUUGUAUUUUUCAUUUUUGUUACUCUUAUUAUACCACCAACAUUUCGGAGUACAAGUCAUAUUUUCUUCUUGGAUUCAGGCUUAAUUUUUUAGCUCACAUUAAUCGGGAGUAAGUUAAGUGGAAUUCACUGAUAUUUCUAUCCUAAACUUACCAGCCUUUAAUAGACGUUUUGUCUUUAAUAAAAAUGUUUUACUGCUAUUUCAUUCGAACUAAGGUGAAAUCUCUUUAUCAGGCAACGACAGAGGUUAUCACGCGCAAGAUUCUGCUCCAAGGGCAGCUCAGGCCGUCAGAGUCCAGCCGAUUGAGGUCCCAUCAAUUCCUUUAGAUGAGUUGAGGGACAUUACGGAAAACUUUGGGCCCAGGGCUUUGAUAGGAGAGGGUUCUUACGGGAGAGUGUACCAUGGGGUAUUGAAAAAUGGGAGGGCUACUGCUGUAAAAAAACUAGACGACAAUAAGCAGCCAGAUCAUGAAUUCCUGGCACAGGUCCGUAUUUCUAUCUGAUACUGAUACCUAUCAGAUAUCAUCUUCUAUGUGCCCCUUCUAUGGCGAUGUGAUCAUGAAGACUUUGGCAGGUAUCCAUGGUUUCAAGGUUGAAACAUGAAAAUGUGGUCGAGCUGCUUGGUUAUUACGUUGAUGGGAAUGUACGUGUUCUUGCGUUUGAGUACGCAACCAUGGGGUCCCUUCAUGAUAUUCUCCACGGUGAGAGAUUGGCAUUACUCACCUCACAGCAUCAUGGACCAUAGCAAUUCCAAUGUUUGUCUCUUUCCAUAUUUUAUCCACAAAAAUCUGUGUUUUUUUUUAAUUUUUUUAACGUCAGAGUAAGCUCAAUUACCUGAUAUAGUUGAUUGAUUGUUGGGGUUCCAUGUGUACUUUCUUUUUUUGCUAUUUUUAAUGCUAAAAUAUGACUCCAAAAUUUCAAGCUGGAUGGAGUUACUUCGAAAUCCUUUUUGGUACAAAAUCAUACUCUCUUUGUUGCCUCCUCCAGCACAUCCCCUGUAAAACUUGACCAAAUCUACGAACCCAGUGCAUUUUGUUUUGUUCUUGUAAAUGGUUCAGUCGACUAUGUAACAGAAUCCGUGAGAAAUGAAUCAGGAUGUGUGUAGAAGAUAGGGAGUAUGCUUAAGCUAUGUAGUCUAACCUUGUUAGGUCUCGAUAUCAAUCUUCUUCUCCAACCCUCGUACCUUUUAUGGAUUGUCGAAGACUGUAGAAGGUUCCUCCAAGAAUGGCUGAUGUCGAAGUUUGGGGUCGAAAAUUAAUUCUUCUGGGCAUUUGUUCGUCAUUAAUCUGCUCUACUACAAUCUGAGGAAGCUUUCUUUACCACCCCACUUGAAUUAUCCACAGCAGGGCAUUGAAGAGUGAUCUGAGGAGCCAUAUUGGAAGGGUUUCACGCUGGCCCUGAGAAAUAUAAGCCCGUAGUCAAUUCCAUAAACCCUCCAUUCACUGGGUAUCAACUUUGAGCUGAAAACUCACAACCCAAUACUUCGAUUUCUAUUUCAGGCACAUACCCAUCUUUAUGGUUCUUUAUAAAGGCAUCAUCUUGGGCAUGAUUUUUUGCUCUUCAAUGGUGCGACAGCUUUUGUUGAUCUAUUUUCCUUCACAUUUGGAGGUUUUCAUGGACAACCAUCCUCAUUUUUUGUGGAAACCAAUUGGGUAACUCUGCUUCUGAAACUUGUUUCACUUGUCAGUGAAGUCACACGGUGAACUUUCUAUUUCUAGGCCGAAAGGGUGUUAAGGAUGCACAGCCAGGCCCAGUGCUGUCGUGGGCCCAGCGGGUGAAAAUUGCUGUGGGAGCAGCCCGAGGCCUGGAAUACCUCCACGAGAAAGCUCAGCCUCACAUCAUCCACCGUGACAUUAAAUCCAGCAACGUGCUGAUAUUUGACGAUGAGGUGGCCAAGAUCGCCGACUUUGACCUGUCAAAUCAAGCCCCUGACAUGGCAGCCCGCCUCCACUCGACGCGUGUCCUGGGAACUUUUGGUUACCACGCCCCAGAGUAAGUCACCCUCAAAGCUGUCAUUAGGCCCUCUGCUCAUUCACCACCAAAGCAGAAGAACGCAGAAGAUUAAUAGUAUCUCUACUUCCUAUUUGCAUUAUGCAUACGCUGAUAGAUUUCAUAUGAUAUGUAGAAGGUUUCUGCCCAUAUGACGUUAACCUUUCUCUCUUUCCCUCUGACUUGGCAGAUUCGCCAUGACUGGGCAGCUCAGUUCCAAGAGCGAUGUGUAUAGCUUCGGCGUUGUUCUCUUGGAGCUUCUGACUGGCCGCAAGCCAGUUGACCAUACACUGCCACGUGGACAACAGAGCCUUGUGACAUGGGUACUAAAGCUGGACUAUGCUAUUCUUGGAGCUCUGGUUUGACUAUUUAUGGUCCAAAUCUGGUCAAGAUGUUAAUCAUGGGUCCGAAAAUGUGCAGGCCACGCCAAAACUCAGUGAAGACAAGGUGAGGCAGUGUGUCGAUGCAAGGCUGGGGAACAAUUACCCUCCCAAAGCUGUUGCAAAGGUAAAUUUUUAAGGCUUAAUAUUUUUGCUUCCGAUAAUCGUGUUUUUUUGCCGAUGUUUGAUUUCCUUUUUAGUCUAAUCUCAUUAUUAUGUCUUGGCAACUGCAGGCAGAGUCAAUUUAAUAAUCCGUUUUUUAUGUUCAGAAUGUUGCAUUGAAUUUCCUGAUAAUGCAAAAGAAUUCGCAGCACCUGUUAUCUUUAUUUAUUUAUCCAAAAAAACUCUCUUUCAAAAAAUAUUGGUAGUUUUUUAAUUAGAAUCGUGGUGAAACCCCUGUUUUUUCUGGGUUUACCCACCCUUAACGCAAAUAUGUUAGACUUCUGCUCUUCUUCCCUCUUCAAACUUGAAAGAUCAGUGCACCUUCGUUGUACAAUCUUUGGGUAGAUCUCCUUCAGAAAAGUAACAAGCUUCUGUUAUUAGUUCCUUCUCUCUCUCUCUCUCCCUCUCUCUCUACAAGCCGGCUGAUGCAUCUUUCUGGUACUGUCUCAGAUGGCAGCUGUCGCAGCUCUGUGCGUGCAGUAUGAAUCGGACUUUAGGCCCAACAUGAGCAUCGUGGUCAAAGCCCUGCAGCCUCUGCUGGAUAGGCACCGAGCGCCUGAGCCCUGA